AUGAAUGCGCUCCUUUAUAAAUCCAAAAGAAUCUUUAAGAAAAAAGGUUCAUUGAUACUAUUAUUCUUUAUAAUACUUGUCUUUAUAUUCAAUUAUUCUUCAUUAUCAAAAUAUACUUCAGAUCAAUUAUCAAAUUAUUCACAAUCUUCAUCUAAUCUUGGGACUGAUGAUGAUGAUAAUACUAUACCAUUCUAUAAAUCAAAUGCAGCAAAACCUAAAACUCAAAUUAAAGAAGAAAAUGAAAAAAAAUCAAGAUUAGAAAAAAUGAAAUUAAUUCAACAAGAUCUUGAUGAAGAUAAAUCUGGUUCAAGAUUAGUUUUGGGUCAUACUUUAUUUAAUAAAGUUUUUGAAAUACUGAAAAAAGGUGAACCAAAAAUCCCAAAAUUAGAAAGAUAUAAAUCAGAUGAUCGUAUCUAUCAUGCAGGUUAUGAUGGUGAUUCAAAUGUCGUAUUUUCAGAAGAUUAUUUAUCAAGUUUUUUACAAUUAACAGAUGAUGAAGUUUCAAGUUUACAAAAAUCUCAUAAAUUAGUUGUUGAUAAUUUACCUGAACAAAUUCCUAAAACUUUAUAUAAAGGUAAUGGUAUUGUUUAUGUUGGAGGUGGGAAAUUUAAUUGGUUAGCUUUAUUAUCAAUUAAAUCUCUUAGGUCACUUGGGUCCAAAUUACCAAUUGAAGUUGUUAUCCCAACAAUGGAAGAAUAUGAAAUAGAUUUAUGUGGUCGAAUUUUCCCUGCUUUAAAUGCUAAAUGUAUUUUAUUAGAACAUUCAUUAGGUGAUGCUGCAAUGUCAAAAUUUAAAUUUAAAGGGUAUCAAUAUAAGGCAUUAGCACUUAUAGUUUCAUCAUUUGAAAAUGUUUUAUUAGUUGAUGCAGAUAAUAUCCCAGUUCAUGCUCCAGAUUAUCUUUUCGAAAAUGAACCUUUUAUAAAUACAGGUUUAAUUACAUGGCCAGAUUUUUGGAGAAGAGCAACUUCACCAGAUUAUUAUAAAAUUGCAGGAAUUAAAAUCAAUGAUAAAAGAGUUAGAUUUGGUUAUGAUGAUCGUGAUAAAGAUUCAAAAGAAGUUCCAUUACAUGAUAGAGAAGGUGCUAUACCUGAUCCAACUUCUGAAUCUGGUCAAUUAAUGAUUUCCAAAACUUCACAUACUAAAGAAUUAUUCUUAGCUUUAUAUUACAAUUUAUAUGGACCUGAUUAUUAUUAUCCAUUAUUUUCACAAGGUUCAGAUGGUGAAGGUGAUAAAGAAACAUUUUUAGCUGCUACAGUUGCAUUAGAUUCAUCUUACUAUCAAGUUAAAAAAUUCUUAAAUGCAUUUGGUCAUUUUAAUAUGGAUCAUGAAUUUAUUGGUACAGGUAUGGGUCAAUAUGAUCCAGUUGAAGAUUAUAAUUUGGAAAGGGCUAAAGCUAGACAAAAAGAACAAUCCAAAGAAUUAAAUCAAGAUUUAGAACCAAUAACAAAACAACCAAGAAUUUUAUUCGUUCAUGCAAAUUUCCCUAAAUUAAAUCCAAUUUCCCUUAGAGAUGAGAAAAAAAUAUUUGAAAAAAAUGGUGAUAGAUUAAGAUUAUACGGUCCUGGAAUGGCCAAAAGAGUUGGUUAUGAUUUUGAAUUAGUUCAAUGGAGAAAUAUGCAUUUCUUAAUUUGUGAAUUAAAAGUUGAAGUUGAAGUUUUUAAAGGUAAUGAUAAUGUUGAAGUUUGUAAAGAAAUUUUAGAUCAAUUAGAACAUUUAGAAGCUACUGUUAAAGAUAAUGAAAGGGAUUAG